AUGCCUAAGACAUGGAGGGAGGAGAGGGGGGUAUUCAGCUCUGCCGGAAAUAUCGAUGCUUUUAGAAAUCGCGGAAAUGUAUGACAAGAUAGCCAUUGCGGUAUGAUAUGAUUGGAGGGAUAUUUUAUGGUGGGGAAUGUUUCAAGGCGGCGAGAUUGUGUCUGGGCAUCGCGGAGGGGAGUGAAAGCAGGGCACCGUACGGGUGUAAAAUAGAUGAACUAAGCUCGAACUACACGGACUCCAAUGAGUUUUCCAUUCUCGGGACAACGACGACGGAAACACGUGAACUUCUCCCCUACCGGCAGGAGCAAGAAGAGGAGGACUAA